UAAAUGCACAGUGUGUUUAAAUUAGGAAACACUCAUGAUAUAUGGUUGUCAUGGUAGUUUAGCUUGAGAGCGAGUAUAACUUAUAUAACCAUGUAUAAAUUGGACCUACCUAUUGACUGCAAAGAAGCUGCAAUUAUUGAAUCUAGAAGAAAAAGAGAACAGGAACGACAGGCACGUAUUUUUAAUACAAAAACCCGACUUAUUGGAAUAGACGAACAAGCUAUCAAUGAGCAAGUGAGAGAUAAAAAGCUGAGGGAUCAGCAAGAAAAGCUUAGAAAUGAUGCAUAUGCUGCAGAUGCAGUCCGAAAUGAUAAGAUUGCUUGCAUAUUAGAGAAGCGGCAAGAAAAAGACAAAUAUGAAAUAAAUCGAAGUCUAAACGACUUUCGAUCACUUCAUCAACAGCCUGAAUCUCGCCGGGAGUUUGACCUUUAUGACCCAGAUGCGCUCAAAAAGGAUCGCCCUGCGCGCAUAAGUGAUGAUGAUCCUAGAUGUGGCGUAUCAUCAAUGCAAAUGUUUGAUGGUGAGGACCUUAACGGAAAAGCCAGAAACCAAUAUCAGAGAGAACAGAUGCAAGACUGGUUUGAGCGGCAGAUAGAAGAACGGAAACUUGCUGAGGCUGCAAAAGAUGAAGCUGAACGUUUGCAUGCUCUUAAGCGACGUGAACUUGACCAGAGGGCUUGUGAACUUGCGAAAGCUGAGGAAGAAUGUCGACGUGCCAUCAAUCUUGCUGUUCGACGCUUCAAUGAGGCCUUGAAAGCAGAACAAGAACAACGUCGUCAUGAAAAGUCAAAACAAGAACAGGAUGACAAUAUGACAGAAAUAUGCAAUGCUAUAUACAGUGACUUCUUAACGGAAAAUCCCGCUCAGGCCAUGUCAGCUUUUGGACCAAACCGCUACAUUCCUGAUCGGUUUAAGGGCAUGCCUCCGGACAUUGUGAGUGACAUACGCAAGACUCAAAAGGAACAAAUAAAAGAGAGAGAGCGCAUACAGAAAGAGGAGGAGGAGCGCGAUAAUGAAUGGGACAAGCAGAGGAUGAAGUCGGCCCGCUUGGGUAUCUUGAUUGAGCGUGAGAUCGAACGAUGUACCAAAGAGAUCAAGAAAAAACUGGCAGACGAGAACCUUAAAUUAGCAAUGGAUCAGAAGGCCUUCCAAAAGUAUCUAAAUUCUGAGGUGUACACCAAUCAACCAACCGCGGAGUACUUCAAUCAGUUCAACACUACUUCGCGAUGAUCUUCGCUGAAAUGAAAUGCGAUAGUCGAUCCACGGUUAUGGUUUCUAUACAGUUUCGGAAUUCACAAAGAACAAUAAGAGACUGGACUAUAUACCUACCUAAUUAUUCAGAUAAAGAAGCGAUUGCGCAUCUUUCAAGACAUUGUUUACACACACAUACAUUUCAGCUGAAAACAGCGGUAUGUACCUCGCCGAUGCCAAGACAUUCUGGGGUUGCUGUAAACGGUAACAAUCCUUUUGUUAGAUAUCAAAAUCGCUAUUCGUGUACUUUAUUUGGAAACUAUCUAGGAUAUCCUUUUUCUCGAUUUCCGAAAUACAGCACAGGGACCCUUC